UCGGCUGCGCGCGCGGAGGGAGGCGGAGUUUCUUCACCUUGGCACUGCUGAUAUUUUGGACUGAAUAACUCAUUGUUAUUGGGGGCAUAUCAUGUACAUUUUAGAAUGUUUAACAGCAUUCUUGCCCUCUGCUUACUAGAUACAAAUAGCACCUUUCCAGUUCUAAUAGCCAAAAAUGUCUCCUGCCAAAUGUCCCCGGUGCAGCAAAAUCACAACUGGGAAUCAACAAUAGCCUUUCUUGAAGAACUGCCUCUCCCAUUUGCUGCCUGAAGUUAACAUUGUUUCCUGCUGGCAGUCAGGGACAUGCCUGCACUAGCGGGAUGAGUGGGUGUUUCAGCGGGGAUGUGGUCAUUGACGGCCAGUGAGGAGGACGAGAGCACCACAGCCCACUUCUUCCUUGGAGCUGGAGAUGAGGGGCUGGGCUCCCAUGGAAUAGGCAUGAGGACAGAAGAGAGUGACAACGAGCUCCUUGAGGAUGAGGAGGAUGAAGUGCCUCCAGAACCUCAAAUCAUUGUUGGCAUCUGUGCCAUGACCAAGAAAUCUAAGUCCAAGCCAAUGACCCAAAUCCUAGAGCGACUCUGCCGAUUUGACUACCUGACUGUUAUCAUCCUGGGAGAAGAUGUGAUCCUAAAUGAACCUGUGGAAAACUGGCCAUCUUGCCACUGCCUCAUCUCUUUCCACUCCAAAGGCUUUCCUCUGGACAAAGCUGUUGCUUACUCCAAGCUUCGAAACCCCUUUCUUAUCAAUGAUCUGACCAUGCAGUAUUACAUCCAAGAUAGGAGGGAGGUAUACCGGAUCCUGCAGGAGGAGGGCAUUGAUCUGCCUCGAUAUGCUGUGCUCAACCGUGACCCUGCCCGGCCUGAGGAGUGCAACCUUAUAGAAGGUGAAGACCAGGUAGAGGUCAAUGGAGCUGUGUUUCCCAAGCCCUUUGUGGAGAAGCCAGUGAGUGCAGAGGACCACAAUGUUUACAUUUACUAUCCCAGCUCAGCUGGAGGAGGAAGUCAGCGCCUCUUCCGUAAGAUUGGCAGCCGAAGCAGUGUUUACUCUCCUGAGAGCAGCGUCCGAAAGACAGGGUCAUACAUCUAUGAAGAGUUUAUGCCGACAGAUGGCACAGAUGUCAAGGUGUAUACAGUGGGGCCAGAUUAUGCCCAUGCUGAAGCUAGAAAAUCUCCAGCUUUGGAUGGGAAGGUUGAACGAGACAGUGAGGGGAAAGAGGUUCGAUAUCCAGUCAUGCUGACUGCCAUGGAAAAGCUAGUGGCCAGGAAGGUCUGCGUAGCUUUUAAGCAAACAGUUUGUGGAUUUGACCUUCUUCGUGCCAAUGGUCACUCCUUUGUGUGUGAUGUCAAUGGCUUCAGUUUUGUCAAGAAUUCAAUGAAAUAUUACGACGAUUGUGCCAAGAUUCUAGGAAAUACCAUUAUGCGGGAGCUUGCUCCACAGUUCCAGAUCCCAUGGUCCAUCCCCACAGAGGCUGAGGACAUUCCCAUUGUCCCUACCACAUCUGGCACUAUGAUGGAACUUCGUUGUGUCAUUGCAAUUAUCCGUCAUGGGGAUCGUACUCCCAAGCAAAAGAUGAAGAUGGAGGUGACACACCCAAGGUUUUUUACUCUAUUUGAAAAACAUGGUGGAUAUAAGACAGGGAAAUUAAAACUCAAGCGACCUGAGCAGCUCCAGGAGGUGCUGGACAUCACAAGGCUGCUGUUGGCUGAACUGGAGAAAGAACCAAGUGGUGAGAUCGAGGAGAAGACUGGGAAACUAGAGCAGCUGAAGUCCGUGUUGGAAAUGUAUGGUCACUUCUCAGGUAUCAACCGGAAGGUGCAGUUAACUUACUACCCACAUGGGGUGAAAGCUUCUAAUGAGGGGCAAGAUCCACAGAGUGAGGCCCUGACACCAUCUCUUUUGCUGGUGCUAAAGUGGGGUGGAGAACUGACGCCUGCUGGCCGUGUUCAGGCUGAGGAGCUGGGGCGAGCUUUUCGCUGCAUGUAUCCUGGAGGCCAGGGUGACUAUGCUGGCUUCCCUGGUUGUGGGCUGCUUCGUCUCCAUAGCACUUUCCGCCAUGACCUCAAGAUCUAUGCCUCUGAUGAGGGUCGUGUCCAGAUGACUGCUGCUGCCUUUGCCAAGGGCCUCCUGGCUUUAGAAGGGGAACUGACACCCAUUUUAGUACAAAUGGUGAAGAGUGCCAACAUGAAUGGGCUCCUGGACAGUGACAGUGAUUCCUUGAGCAGCUGCCAACAUCGGGUGAAGGCUCGGCUACACCACAUUUUGCAGCAGGAUGCGUCCUUUGGCCCUGAGGACUAUGAUCAGCUAGCUCCCACCAGAAGCACUUCCCUGCUCAACUCUAUGACUAUCAUUCAGAAUCCUGUAAAGGUCUGUGAUCAGGUAUUUUCCCUGAUUGAAAACCUCACCCACCAGAUCCAGGAACGGAUGCAGGACCCCAAGUCUAUAGAUCUACAACUAUACCAUAGUGAGACACUAGAGUUAAUGCUGCAGCGUUGGAGCAAACUGGAGCGUGACUUUCGACAGAAGAGUGGGCGCUAUGAUAUCAGUAAGAUCCCUGAUAUCUAUGACUGUGUCAAGUAUGAUGUACAGCACAAUGGCAGUCUGGGACUUCAGGGCACAGCAGAGUUGCUCCGUCUCUCUAAGGCAUUGGCAGAUGUGGUCAUUCCCCAGGAGUACGGGAUCAGUCGGGAGGAGAAACUGGAAAUUGCUGUGGGCUUCUGUCUUCCACUGUUGCGGAAGAUACUACUUGACCUGCAGAGAACUCACGAGGAUGAGUCUGUCAACAAGCUGCAUCCCCUGUACUCCCGAGGAGUGCUUUCCCCAGGCCGCCAUGUUCGAACACGUCUGUAUUUUACCAGUGAGAGUCAUGUCCACUCCCUACUCAGUGUCUUCCGUUAUGGGGGACUUCUUGAUGAGACCCAGGAUGCACAAUGGCAGCGAGCUUUGGCUUAUCUUAGUGCCAUCUCUGAGCUCAACUACAUGACUCAGAUUGUUAUCAUGCUUUAUGAGGACAAUACCCAGGACCCCUUAUCAGAGGAACGUUUCCAUGUGGAGCUGCACUUCAGCCCUGGAGUGAAAGGCGUUGAGGAAGAAGGCAGUGCCCCAGCAGGCUGUGGAUUCCGUCCAGCCUCUUCUGAGAAUGAGAUCAAAACAGACCAAGGCAGCAUGGAGAACCUGUGCCCAGGAAAAGCAUCAGAUGAGCCAGACCGGGCAUUGCAGACUUCACCCCAGCCUUCUGAGGGCCCUGGCCUCCCGAGGAGAUCACCGCUCAUUCGUAACCGAAAAGCAGGCUCCAUGGAGGUCAUGAACAUGCAGUGCACGGGGAACCUGGACCUGAUCCCCUUGAGGGGACGGCGCCGCCGGAGGUCAGGAGACCUCCCCCGGCCUUCCCCAGCCAUCAGCCUACAGCCCCGGGCUGUGUCCACCACUCACCUGGCGUCCUGCACACAGGUGCUUUCUGAGACUUCAUCCUCCAGGCCUGGUGGCUACCGACUGUUUUCAUCUUCACGGCCACCAACAGAGAUGCAGCAGAGUGGCCUAGAGCUGCUGGAUGACCAGCACCCUGUGGUCCGGUUGCUGCGCAGUUUUUCCUCUGACUGCCCAAGGGGCCGGCCAGUCUCCUUGGAUGCCACGCUGGCGCAUCACCUGCACCAGUGCUCCUACCACCUGCGCCUCUUCCGGAACUGGCUGCGCUCAGGCCAGGAUGACCCCGAGUGCCUCUACGGGUUUGAAGGGUGCUCCAUGGUGCCCACCAUCUACCCCCUGGAAACACUGCAUAAUGCCCUUUCCUUACAUCAAGUGAGUGAGUUCUUGAGUAGAGUCUGUCAACGCCACACUGAUGCCCAUGCUCAGGCAUCAGCAGCCCUCUUUGACUCUAUGCACAGCAACCAGGCCUCAGAUAGCCCGUUUUCCCCACCCCGUGCUCUUCAUUCACCUCCCCUGCAACUCCAGCAGCGCUCUGAAAAGCCCCCUUGGUAUAGCAGUGGCCCUUCUAGCACUGUGUCUAGUGCUGGUCCUUCCUCUCCUACUGCAGUAGAUGGCAACUCUCAUUUUGGCUUCAUUGAUCAACCCUCCCUAAAUGCACAUGUGACUGAAGAAAGUAAAUGCCUUGGACUGCUCCAGGAGACCCCUGGGGAUAGAAUACAAGAGCUUCCCAUAGAAGGACAGCAAGAGCAUUUUGAACCAAACCAGUCCCCUCAGGAGCCACCUGUGGAAACGAGCCAGCCAGAAAGUCAGAACGUUACUGAGGAGGUCAGCCAGUCAUGCCAGGAGGUCCCUCACAUCAGCCAGCCAUUGCUGAAGAAUCAUGAUGCUAUUAAUCAUACAUGUCAGUCAAGCCAGGCCAGCCAACUAUGCCAGGAAGUCUCUGAGGACGUUUUCCAGCUUUGCCAGGAGAAUCUUGAAGAGGCCAGCCAACCAUGCCAAGGAGUCCCUGUGGAAGUUGGCAGGCUGGUCCAUAGGUUUCCUGUAGGGUGUGGGGGCCUUGUGGAAGUUGACAGGCCCACCCAAGAGAUUCCUGAAGAGAUCAGCCAGCGAUGUCAGGAGUUCUCUGUGGAAGUUGGCAGGCUGGCCCAGGAGGUUUCUGUAACCAAUCUGUUGUCUCAAGACAUCCCUGAAGUUGAUAAACCAUCCCAAAAGCAGCUCCCUGGAAAGAUUGAUCUUCAGGCCCAGGAGGUCCCUGAGGAGGUUAAUCAGCAGUUUUGGGUGGUCUCUGAAGAAACUGAUCAGCUGCCUAGAGAGGAUGUUCCCCAGACCUAGUAUACGUCUAGUGAUCCAAUCCUCAAAGUGUCUCAAGCCCAUAACCAGCACUCACCCCUUCCACCAGCAACAUCUAAUUAAUCAUUUUCUCAUUACUGGUGUCAUUACUGUAACAGCCAUUUGAGCCAGCAACCUUUUCUGUUGGCUAACUCAUUGGCCAGAGUGAGGCGUUGGCUCACACCAGAGGUGUCACAGGAAGCAGUCUCUUUGUCAUGAAGCAUACGUGUGCCAGAGCUGUGUUUGGAGAAAAGCCAGUUUCACUUUCAAAGCAGUCAUUGGCUCCUCACUCAGUCAUUAAACUUGAAUAGGGUUUCAUUGGGGAGGGUCAGUCUAUCAUUACCUAACCUACUCCAAUCACAGAAAUCCUUGAUUGUUAAGGAUAUGCCACUUAACUGCUGACGACACAACUAGGGGGACAGCAUAUGUAAAAUGGAGGGUUGCAGGGUCUUUAUUUUUCUGGGGAAAUAUUCACAGCCUUUCAAGUUAUCCUUAGACCAUGUGUGCAUUCAGGAGAACUCUUAUUUUUACUAGCAAUCUUCAGAUGGGCCCAAAAUGACCAUCUGAAAUGUCUGGAAAGUAAGAGUUCCCUUCUCCAAAAAAAAAUCUGCCAUGAUCACUAAUCUUUAGACUGGGCUUAUGGGUAUUUCCAUAUCAUCUCCAAGUGCUCCUUCUGCCCCAGUUCUGUUCCUCUGGGCAGACACUCUAGGAAGAAUAGGUAUUAGAAUCUCUGCGGCUUCAGAGUAACUACUUAAAAUGCUCUGGGAGAUUUUUGGGCAAUCUGUGAAACCAGGCCUCCUUUUGUUGUGGGGCCGUUUGACUUAGGAGAUGCUGUAGUAGAGAGAAUCAGGUUCUAUUUUAAGCAAUUAGCAGGGAUCAAUACUGUACAGACAUGAGCAAAGAUUUUAUAUAUAUAUAUAUAUAAUAUAUAUGAUAUGUGUAUAUAUAUAUUAUAUAUAUGUAUAUAAUUUCUGUACUUUGCCAGGGACAGGCUGGCCAAAGACCAAACACUCCAGGGUCCCCAAUAAGUUUGUUCUAGAUCAUGUGUCUUUAGGGCCAGAUGUGAUUUAUGAAGCUUUUCCCAAAGAUCUGGGGAUGGGAGUGGGAGUGGAUAGGAGGGUG